GGGGCGAUUUAAUGUUGACGACAAUGUUGUAGAUGUGUUUUAAAAUGGCUGAAAUGAGCCCAGGAAUAAAAAAAUAACACAUAUAUUUAGAUAAAACUGUGGACGUAAUGGCACAUCAGCGCCAUUUAGAGAAGACAAAAUACAGACAAUGGGUGAAGGCCGGGCUUGGAUUGACAUAUCUAAGAGAAGGAAUAGCACCUUUUUGUGAUGACAUUGCAAAACUCCAACAUAAAGACAUCUUAGACAACAUUAAACAAACAAAGAGUCUAUCAGCAGUAGCAUGUGGUCAAUGCAGCUGGAUGACACUUAGACCUGACCAUUCAAAAGGAGGAAACAGAUCAUGUACGUUAGGUCAAAGAAAUUGCAACUGCUGCAAUCCUGCUGGUAAAAUUAUUUGCCCAAACGAAGUAUGUGGUGCCAUUUAUGAUGCGAUUGUAACAAGCGACAAUUUUUCACCGCAUGCGCCUUAUUGGAAAAACACUGAGACACAGCAUUGGUGCACAGACCCAUGGUCUAUUGCUAAAUGUUUCAUCAACGGCCCCGGAUACGACAAGAAAGCAUCAGCAGCCGAUAUCGACUGCAUCGGGUUACUACACUUGAUUCGAAACAACCAGUAUUUUCACAAUCAUGUCCAAUGCACAAUUACUCAAACCGAUGUCUUCUCAAAGGUAAUAGCGGACAGGCACGAGAUAUUUCACUCAAGUACAAUGGAACUAGAAGAAACAGAAGCAAAUAGUUACAUAGAUGAUAUGAUAGCUGUUCUUCAAGAUGGUAAGGAGUUGAACAAUCGACAGGACGCUAAAGACGCUGUGAAGAAACUUGAAGAACUCAAGAACAAAGACUUCGUCAUUACUACUGAAAAUGAAGCAAACCUUCUCAGAGUUGUCACUGAAGAAAUUAGAGAUAUGUUAGAGAGAUUUGAAAAUAAAACAGAAGAUCUAGCAACAAAGGAAGAUAAUGGUAGACUUAAAAAACAACUCUCAGAACUAGAAUCAGUCAUAUCGGAACUAAAAAAGGAGAUGAAAAGACUCAAGGUAGAUGUUUCGUCUCAACAAGAACCUCCUGAUUAUGAGCAGUCCAAACUAGAGCUACAGACGAGGUUGAUAGAGUUUUACAGAGGAGAUAUACUACGCAUGUCUGCACUUCCACAACAACAAGAGAGUAAUCUUUGUGACUUUAAAGAUGUAUACGUUAGAACACGAAUGGUGAUUGAAUCAAAAGAUGACUUAAAUAAUGAACCAAAGCUUGAAGAUGUUCGAUCGAUGUCUGAUAUUUUUGCAAAAGAUGGUAAACCUAUGAAAUCCAUCUACGUUCUCGGAGAAGCAGGAUCCGGUAAAAGUUGCUUCUGUAAAAGUUUAGUAAAUUAUUGGUGUUUGGCACAUUCUGACGGACAAAAUAUUGAAGAUGAGUUCAGUGGGGUCAGGGAAAUGAAGAAAUUUAAUUUUGUGUUUCUCCUUCCUCUCCGUCAUUAUACAGAUAAGAUGAAAAUCAAAGAAAUGCUAGAGGAAAAGUACGAGCACCCUGCUCUUAAGAAGCUUCUUGAAUGUGAGUCUCGAACUUGUCUCGUUGUUCUUGAUGGUCUUGACGAAUGGGCUCCCCCAGGGUCAAAGUGUCCUCCUGAACGCGGCGCAUUGAAAGAAUAUACCGUCCUAACUACAUCACGACCAUGGAAAAUUGCAACGUUAGGAAUAAGCGAUAAUGAGAUACGACAAAAGAUUAGCCUUAAAGGGUUUGAUGAUGAAACAACUGUAAAGAACAUGAUUGAAAAGACGGUCCCAAUAUUAAACAAAAUAUUUAAGAAAGAUAAAGAUUCAAGUGACUGUGAAAGAGCGCUUGAAAAUAAAUCAGUGGCAAGUCUAAAACAUACAGCAAUUACGCUGAAACAGUUGAUUUGCCUGUGGUAUGACGAUAAACUUCAUGGUGGAACCUCAAGAUGUGCCCUAUACACUGAAAUGCUUGACCUGUUCUUUGACUGGCAGAAGAGGAAACACCCCGACGAUCCCCGAUUCAUAGAAAUGAUGAAAAAAUCAGAAAGCCUGCAAAAUGUAAAACUUCCUCUCUAUCUGAGACAUACAGAAGUCUGUAAAUCAUAUAGUUACAUCAUUCAUGACGUAUCGCGGCUAGCUUAUGAAACAUUGUUCAAUAACAUGAAAGAAACAUCUUUGUCAUUUGACAGUUCUACCUUCGAACGACUGAAAAUAUCAAAUGAAGUUAAAACUUGUUGUUUGAAAUUGGGAAUUUUGUCUGAAAAUAAAUGUUCAAGCCUGUCUGCAAGUAGAAAUCGAAGGUCGAUAAUUGCAUUUGUUCACAAGACAUUUCAAGAAUAUCUGGCUGCAAUAUAUAUUGCUAUCAAAUUCAACGCUCAUAUCGUAUCGUCGGCUGACUCGGGAAAUGAUGAUUUGUCUGAUAAGUGUGCGGCAUUUUUUCAAAGAGUUUUUUACAAGUGCAAUUCUUUGAACGACAUAUUAGAACAAGAAAAUGUAUUCACUAUGUUAUGCGGUCUGGAGCCUCGAAUCGCUACAUUCAUUUCGAAGUAUAUAUACGAUAUUGUUUCAAGAGACAAACGUGUCCUGCAGUACAGACGAACAAUAGACAAUGUAUAUAAACAUACAGAUCUUAUAUCAAAUGUGCAGGGAUGUAUUUUAAACUGUAUAGAAGAAGUACAAGCAUGUCAAACUCGUAUACAGUCUAACUUUUACCUAGGUGACAUUUUGGUAACGGGGACGUCACUUUGUGAUAAAUUCUGCUCAAGUGUUGAAAAACAGUACCUUUCUCCUGACAGUGUCAUUUCGUUUAGAAUUGAUCCAUAUCAAGUGGAAAAGAACAUUGAAAGAGUAUGGAAAUAUUUGCAGAAAUGUCAGCAUAUUGAAGCAAUGCACAUUGAUUACAGUAGAAGCAGUAAAAUUGAUGAUGAAGAUAUCAAGUCUAUCUGUGACGUAAUUGAAAGAAAUAAUUCAACAUUGAAAGCACUGUCUAUAGUUUUGCCUCCCUGUUUUAUGAAACCUAUACAAAAAACAAUAGUUCGUCGUCUGCCUGAUAUGAGUAAUCUUGUCGCAGUAAAAAUGAAGAAUUUCCUUCUGCCACAUGAAGACUUUACCGCACUAUGCACUUUCCUAUCAGGUAACAAUCAUCUUGAACAGAUAUCGAUUUUGAAUACACGCUGUGGGGACAGUACAGACAGUAUGCUCCGUAUGCACUGGAAGCAGGAUGAAGAAGAUUUAUCAGAGUAUCAACAACUAGAGUACAUUACGGACAAUGAGACCAGUACAGACAGUGAGACAGACAGUGAGACCAGUUUGUCCUGGGAUUGCAGGAAGCAGUAUGAAGUAGAUUUAUCAGAGCAUCAACAACUACAGUACCUGAAGUACGAUGAGUCUGUCACUGUGACUCGCGUUAACACUUCCAACCUAGAAAUAUUUGAAUAUUUAUCAUUGAACAACACAAAUUAUGUGGAAGUAUUUGAUAAUUUUAGUACAGCUUACACAUUAACAGAAGUUCAUUUGAGGUACGAUAUCAUUGGUUCAGACAAAAAUCGUUCAUAUCAUACUGUAACAGACAAUUUGAUCACAUUGUUGCCAUUAUUGCACCAGCUCUGUAAAAUUACUUUAAGUAAUUUUACAUUUACUGGCAAUAUAAUGAAAUUUCCAUCUGAGAUGAAGAGUAUGAAGAUCAUUAAUCUUAUUGAAGUCAGAAUGAGCUUGACAACAUGGCGGCAGUUUGUUGAUAGUCUUCCUCUAAUGCCGCUAUCUGUAAAGGUGAGAGUAUGGAACAUGUGUAUAACACGAGAUGGAGAGGAAUGUAACCCUGGUAUAGCCUGGUGGAAAGGAGGAGGAGGAGAAGAAGCAGCUGCACGGCAGUAUGUUAGACAACAGGAGGCGUUAUUUAAUGUGGAAUAUGAAAAUGCUUAUCAAUUUUUUUUUCAACGAAGAAGUAGUAUUCAUCAGCAUAAAUCAUUACUGUUAUAAUACAGAUGACCGUGAGAGGUGUUGCACAUUUCAUUACCUCUCAUGAACAGACUCAAUCAAACUGAGUCUGCUAUUAUUCUCCUUGGUUGCAUUCUAUGCUUCCAAAUGAUGUUUUAACAGAUUUCAUUAUUUUGUACUGAUAGUUACAAUAAAGAAAGUGUGUCGAAAUUGUAGACAUACAUGUAACCAAUUUCUAGUGUAAUAUUUUAGAAGAGUAUAAUACCAUGAGGUAAUUAAAAUUAAUCUUACGUUUUGCUAUACUAUUUUAUUACUUGUUUUUUUUUCAAUUGAUUAUAUUAAUAUAUAAAAGUGAACAUAACUUGAAAAUUUCACAGUAGAAACAUCAAAUCAAUUUUAUACUUAGACAAAACAGGAGGCGUUGCUAAAUUUGGCUUAUGAAGUUGAAUAUAUUCACCUGUAUAAGUCAUUAGUGUUGUUAAAAAAGAUGCCCUUCUUUAACUGUACUAAAAAUUAGAAUAAGGAAAUUUAGUCAAAGUUGUAAAAUGAUCUGCAGUGAAACCUGUAUAUAACGACCGGGGUUAAAAUUAUGAAAAGUGUUUUUGCAGAUGGUCCUUAUUUACAAAUACACUGUAAAUGUUGAAUUCGGAAAUUAAAGAAGUGACUUUUUAUUCCCAGGUGAAAGUACACCAUAAAGGUUGAAUUCGGGAAAUUAAAUAAUUAAUUAUUAUUCACUGGUGAAAAUGCACCGGUAUGUUGAAUUCGGAAAUAAAAAAGUGAUUGUAUUCACAGUUGAAAUGCACGUUAAUGUUAAAUUCGAAAAUUAUAUAAGUGAUCUUUAAAAACCAUGUGGUUUCUGCUCACAUGUGGUCUGUAACACAAGUUUGACUGUAAUCAGUGUUUCGUGAAAGGAAAAAGUUAUGAGAUAUUUUAACAUUUGCUGUGCCGUAUCACAUGACUGUAUAUAGGUACAAUUUAAGCAAUUUAAAAUAGUUGUGAACAUCUAAGUGUUGUAAGUGUAGAUAUCACUAAACAUAUAUUGUUUUAACUUAACAUUUACCAAAUAUGUUACUCGAUAUUGAAAGAUACAGUGGGAUGGUAACAGUUAUUUCUCUAAAAUAUACUAAGACGAUGUCUGUUAAAAGUUAAUCAGGAUUUUCUCAAAACUGUUCAUACUUCAUGUUUUGUGCAACAUAAUAUAUCUCUGUCA